AUGGAAACAUCUAAUCUAUUAAGAGAUUGUCCACAUGCGUAUGGUGCUCAUAUCAAUACGUUAAUGUUGACUGCACUCGGUUAUGCCCUGCGAGAACUAACACGAAGCCGAAUUAACUGUGUGACAUUAGAAGGUCAUGGUCGUGAAGAUAUUGAAGAGGGUGAUGUAGACGUUAGUCGAACAGUAGGUUGGUUUACAACAAUGUAUCCGGUUCUCCUUGAAAUAGAAGACGAUUUGAGGCAAAGUAUCCUGAAUAUUGAAUUACAUUUGAUGCAAAUACCCAACAAGGGGAUCGGAUAUGGUACAAUUAUAGGCUACGAAAAUCAAGACUUACCACAAGUUAGCUUCAACUAUUUAGGACAGUUCGAAGCAGUAUCCUCGAUGAAAGCCAGUAACAGCAGUAGGAAUAGGAGAUGGUAUAUAACCGAUGGAAUUGUUGGAGACGUUACAGUGGAGAAAGAUAGUGGUCUUGGCGUAAUUUCUGUCAAUGGAUUCUGCAUGAAGGGACAAAUACGAUUUAACAUUUCGACCAGACUGGAAUCUGGAAGAACAGAACAAUUCGCUAAUUUAUUUAAAUCAAAGCUCGAACAUAUCAUUCGUGAACGGUGUUCUAUUUCACCACUGAAUGAAAUCGAUUAUUCAAAUGAUUUCGAACAUCCAUUUGUGUUACUGAACGUUGAUUCCAUUAAUACAUUGUUCAUUUUACCGCCUGGUCAUGGUGGUGCUGAGAGCUACUUCACAAAUAUUAUUCCUAAUCUAUCAUCAUAUAAACUUGUAGUAUUCAACAACUAUUAUAAAAAUCUAAAAGAAAAAAAUAUGGAGCAAGGUUUUUCAUUUGAAACAUUAGCUCGUUUAUACAUAAAAUAUAUAAAACGAAUUCAAUCAAAAUGCCCAUAUAAUCUUUUGGGUUGGAGCUUUGGCGGAGUCUUGUCCUUUGAAAUUGCUCGUCAAUUAAAUAAUUCUGGUGAUGAAAUCGCUAAUUUAUUUAUGAUUGACUCUUAUUUUAACAUGAAGAAAGUUUCUUUGGAAAUCUGCAUGAGUGAUGACGAGAAAUUAACCAAUGAAAUAAAUUAUUUAUAUUCACCACAAGUAGAAAACGAGGCUUUUGGAUUAAAUAUAGCCAACAAGAAUAUAAAUGUUGUAUUGUUUAAAGCCAAUAAGGUGGAUUCAAGCAACGAGUUGAAGGAUCAAAUCGAAUUAUUAAAAUAUUAUACUAAUACACCAUUGAAUUGUCUAGAUACAAUAAUAAAUAAAAAAUCUAUUCGGGUCAUUGAAAUGCAUGAAGCGACCCAUUUUUCUUGGAUACAUGACAAAGAGCAAAUCGUCAGUAUUUGUGAUUAUUUGACAAGUUUAUUAACUUGA